GAGGGGAACCAGAACCUCUGUAAUAAAUGGAGCCAGAGACAAAUGUAGCUGAAGGAAGACUAGAAACGUUACAGAUCUACAAAGUACUUCAAUGUGUUCGAGAUCAAGACAAAGGGCAAAUAGAAAAACUUACCCAGCUUGGAGUCCACAACCUCAUAAAUCUCACCGAGCCAAGCCAUGGAGAAGCUGCUCUACACCUGGCUGCUGUCGCUAACAAUGUUGACAUGUGCAGCUUUUUGCUUCAUCUCGGAGCUCACCCCGAUAUACAAGACUUAAAGGGAUGCACCCCUGCCAUGAAAGCUACAGAAUUAGGACAUGACCUGGUACUGGAAGUUCUUGCUGAAGCCCAGGCUGACAUGACAGUUGUUAAUAAAGAAGGAAAAGAUGGAAGGGCGAGGAGACGAGUAGUACUGGCAGAUGCUGCAGCUGGUGCCUAUCCUAAAUUGGAGACAGGUCGCACUGCUUUAAUAGAAGCAGCAAGGGAAGGGGCUCUGGAGGUUGUUCGCAGCAUUUUGAAGAAAGGAGGAGAUGUAAAUGCUUUUGACAAGCAGCGGUAUCAUGCUGUUCAUUUUGCUGCCAAAGGUGGCUUCCUGGAGAUCUUGAUGGUCUUGUCUGCAUACAAGGGAGACAUGGGCAUUAUUGCCAUGGAUUGUAACACAGCCCUUCACCAUGCUGCUGGUGGGGGGUUUGCUGAUUGCUGCCGAUUUCUUGGACAAAGAGGUUGUGAUCCUAACUGGAAAAAUAUAAGUGCUCUGACUCCCAAAGCUGUGGCCAAACAGGGUCGUUUCAAGGCUGCUAUGAAGGAACUGGGAAAAGCAAUGCGCCUCUUCAAAAAAUAUUCCAAGCCAGGAGUGAAAAAUCCCAACCCACCUUGGGCCAUAACACUGCACGACUGGUCGUUUGAGCACCAAGCAAUUCUACGGGAAUCUUUUGCUGCGUUGGAUAAAGGGGAUGGGACAGUCGCCAGGGAGGAAUUUGUUGCAGUUCUCUUGGAGAAGGGCGCCCCACUGACCACAGAAGAACUAGACAGUGUUAUACUUCUGCAUGAAAAAGGACGCGGAGGUAACAUCAACGUUGAGGAGUUUCUAAAAGGGUCAAAGUACCUACAAAAAGCUUUUCUCCUAUCCUCGUAUGGACCUAAAAAGAAGAAAGGAAAGAAAGGGAAAAAGGGAAAGAGAGGGAAGAAAACACUUCUUAUGCCAAUAUGUACAAUGCCAAGUCAUUUGAUUUCACGUCGGGAAGAUGGUGGACCUCCAAACUUUAUGAUUGAAACCUUUCAUAAUCUUACUGACCUCAAUCGUUUUGACUGUGACCACCCCCCUCAAAACCCCCUGACUGAUGACACUGGGUGGUAUGUGGAUGACCUAGAAAAGGUGUACACUCAAAUCAAUUUUGCCACCAGAGCCGGAGACCUGGAUUCGUUAAAGAAGGCUUUCGAAGAAGGAGUUCCUGUGGAUGUAAAAGAUGUUUUUUUUAAAACACCCUUGAUUUCUGCAUGCGCUUAUGGAAACAUGGACAUUGUCAAAUUCCUUCUAGAAAAAGGUGCUCAUGUCAAUGCAAGGGAUAAUUUCAUGUGGACUCCACUGCAUCAUGCAUGUCAUGCCGGCCAGCAAGACAUAGCAAAACUGUUGUUGAAAAAUGGAGCAAAAAUAGACGCAGUGGCCCUCAAUGGAUCCACGCCGCUAAUGAGAGCUGUAGAAAGUGGCAGUUUAGACUGUGCUCAGUUCCUAAUUAAAUCGGGAGCAAAAGUGCAAAUCAUGAACAAGAAGGGACAAAAUGUUCUCGAUAUUGCAAAAGCCUAUGCUGACUACAGAUUGAUUGACUUGAUUCAAGCCAAACUGGACAGUUUGCCAAAACCAAAAGAGAAAAAGGGCGGCAAGGGGAAAGUCAAAAUGGAGGGAAAAUCAAGAUCAGUGUCCAAACCGCAGACCCCUGCAAUUUCAGAUACUCCCCCCAUAAAGCAGGAGAUAUCAAGGUCUACAGAGAUGAUUCAUUCUGACAAAGAGAAGAAAAGUUACAUUGCCCGUAUGAACCACCUAAUAACGUUGGGAGAAACAAAGAAAGUCGACAUCACAUUUGUGCCUAAAACGGUUUGGGUCUCGGAGCCCAAUACAGCGGACCUCAUAAGAAAAAGAGAACACCUACGCCAACGCUUCACGUAUGAAGUAGAUUUUGAAGACUUCAAGAUGCCAUUUAGUAAGAAUCUAGCGGAGAAAACCUUGGCAUUGGUAUCUACUUAGCUUUU